AUGCCAACUCAGACCAAUUUCCUACUUCUCUUUCUGUGCAACUUAAAGGAGUCUCAUCCUGCAAUAUUCAGCCAUAUCAUAGGCCAUAGCACCAUUGUAACACUGAUUUAUAGAUCAUUGGAUAAGGAGACCAAAAGACUCAUCAUGUCCAUUCUAAAUGCCAAGAAAUACGUGGAUGAGACCAUUUCAUACACCAAACUCAACACCCUCAAUAUCAUUGAUCUAUUCAAUGGUGCUGAUGGAUGCUACAUCAAAAUCAAUCAGAAUUUCAGGCAAAUUCUCCUGAACAAUUUCAGUCAAAUCCAAUUCACUAGAAAUAUCAAAACCACCCCAAUUGAAUUCAACAGCAAGUUAUUGGCUAAUCAAAAAGACACCUGUACAAAUGCAAUCUCAAUCCAUGAACAUUAUUCUGAAAUUGGAUUAUUGGACAGUGGCAGUAGGUUGACGAGCAAGGGACUUGAGUUUCUUCUUCUAUCCAAGAAUGAGCAAAUGUGGUACAUCAUCACCAGUUUCAUGAGAAGACACAUCAGUGAUAAUGAGGCAGGAAUAGAGUAUUUGGUAGAAUGGGCGAUGAUAUUAAAUGGAGUCUAUGACUACAUGGAGGUAACCAACACAUUCAGCAUGCUUGAUGAAAUAGGAAUCAUAAAAAUAGAUGGUGAUUCAUACAGGGUGAAUAGCACUAUUCUAUUUGGUACAGCAGUAGCAGCAAACAGGUUCAUCUACCUGGAAACAAGCUAUACGCGUAUACAGAUGAUCCAUGUGACAUUGAGAUACUGA